AGGUGAAGUUUUGGCUCAAGCAUCACGAAACCCCUUGGUGAUGGCGAAGCUUCUCUCCGCUCUUUUCUUUCUCUCGGCGGCCAAGGCAAGUCUUGGCCAGUGUGAAAGCGGUGCUUGCCUGGAUGAUGAUGAGGCUGUCCGCAUGGGCGUCGAGCUUUUGCAGCACAAAGUGGAGUUGGGCAAGCAACGCGUUCUUGAUGCGGUCAAUGCCACCAAAGACAUCAAACAGCCUGCCAUCAUCUCAGCUAUGUACACCUUCGGUGCCCCUGCGGUAAGCAAACCUCCGAUGCCUGAUCUGGCGCGGGAUGACAAGUGCUUCCAGGGCUUGCGCACCUACACGGAGAACAAACUGCCAGGAGGUGGCCGUCAGGUGGACGCAGCCUCCAUGUUCGACGCCUACCCGCAUCCACACAUCAGCGUCUUGGCGCUGGACUGGGCCCAGGACUCUUACUAUCAGCCCUGCCCUGGCGAUGCUACCUGGCCGAAAGGAGGUGGCGCCGCAGACUGGGGCUUGCACUCUGAGACGCACUACUCCCCGCGCUUGAAGGAGGUGACGCUGGACGGGGUGAAAAUGGCGGAGCAGGAGCCUUUCAAGACGGCGAAUGACAUGGUGAUCUUGGCCUACAAGAGCUACGAUUCAGUGGAGAACACCAUCAAGGAGCUCAAGGAGAAGCUGCCCAAGUGGCGCCUCGUGGAGCGCCGGGUCUUCGAGUGGAGCCAGGGUGCCUACGAUGAUGACCCCAUCAUGGUGGCGCAGAAUGUGGACACCCUGGACUGCGCGCUCAUCUUCACGGGCACGAACCACUUCGGGGAGCUUGGAAGCUCGGUGAAGCAACAUCUCACUGGCUACUGCGGCUUUGACCAGAUCCACGCGGGGUACCGGGACGAGGUGUGGCAGCUCUCGGACCACACAGUGUGGCCCAAGAUCACGGCGAAGUUGGCCAAGUGCGCGAGUGUCCGUUGCGUCGGCCACUCGCUGGGCGGCGCCAUGUGCGACGUUUUCUCGGGCUGCAUCAAUAGUGGCCGCGCGGAUGACCCGGACUACCAGAAGCUUAUGUGGUGGCAGGGCACGCCAGAGUUGAUGCCCGAGGUUGGCGUCGAGGAGCUUGGUGCGGCUGCCACCUUGGGCACUGUGGACUCCCUGUACACAUAUGGAUCGCCCGCAACUUCCGACCCGCCUCUCAAGGACGCCACCACGAAGAGCGGGUGCUGGAAGGGCUUGCGCGCCUACUGUGAGAACGACCUCUCCGGCGGAGGGAAGCAGGCUGAUGCCCGUGUGCUGAACCAGAACUACUUCCCCCACCCGACGAUGAACACCUUGUCCUUGCAGUGGGGCAAGGACUCCCACCUCGCUGAGUGCUCAGGCAAACCGGAGGACAGUGUUUGGUGGCCACAUCACAACGCGAUGGUCUAUGAGGACUGGUACGUGCACACCGAACAGAACUACGCUGACCGCCUGGAGAAAUUGAACAAGGAUUUCCCCAAGAUCGAGAUCUAUGAAGAGGGCGCCCUCUUUGUGCACCUCGCCUUCGGAGCAGAGCACCCGCAAAAGGAGCUCGAGGCAACCAUGCAGAAGCACAUGCCAAACUGGGCGCUGGUGGAGCGUACGCCCCUGCUGGAUGAGCAUGAGCCCGCGCUCCUGGCACAGGACCAAGUGAACUUCGACUGCGCGCUGGUGAUGCCUGGCAACAAGGCCAACCGCGGCCAGCACUACGGCACCGGCUUCUGCGGACUGGUAAAUGUGCACUCCGGAUAUCGUGACUACUUGGUGUCCAGUGUGCAAACCCCUGGCUGGCAGAAGAUCGCCCAGAAGCUGCCACAGUGCAGGAGGGUCAUUUGCGCUGGACACUCCCGGGGCGGCUCCGUGUGCGAGCUCUUCGCUGCCUGCGCAUGGGUAUGCGACAAACCUGGCCAACCGUAGCGGCCAAGCAUACCGUGAACAACGGCAAGACUUUGGACCAGGACUACCGGCGCCUGAUGUGGAUGCAGGCGGAGCCCCGGGUGUUGAUGCCGCUGCAGAAAGCCGCUUGAGCCGUCUGAGCCCGCCCGGCGCGCGGCGCUUUUGGCCCAGUGGUCCAGUGGAGCUUGCCCCUGGCUCUUCCCUCCGUCCAGUGGG